CCCCAGGCCCCGGACAAAAAGUAUUCGUCUCACUCUUAUCUUUGCUUCUGCUGCCAUAAGGCACACAUUCCCAUAUGCAAUUCCAGGUGGAACUUUUGCCGUGUACCUUUGCUCCAUACACCAGAGGCGACCGUGGCAACAUGACCAUUUCUGCUCACAUAACCAAAGUGUUGCGUACAUUUGGAAAUAUGGCGUGUUGACUCCACAGUAAACCGCGUGCACUCAGCAACCUUGCUCAACAAGUUAACGUUUGGAAUAAUCAAAUGAUGUCAUAUCCGUUGUGAAGGUCUCCGUGGUAGUGUCGGGUGGUCACUAGCUGCUGAAUCCUCAUGAGCGUGCGGUCGGAACUUUGGACAGUGCGCGCUCAGUAUUGGCUGCACGAGGGAGCUGGCGCGGAGGAGCAGCACGGUAAUGAAUGUGGAUCUAUCCGCCCUGUUCUGUUCGGGCAUCAUCUGCCACGCCGAGGACGCGAUAUUAACGCCAGAAAAGUGCGAUAGAGUCGUGACAGCAUGAUCCUUCUGUUCGGUGCGUUAAAUCCCCUGCUUUUCCUCAUCGUCUUCGGACUGUAUCCAUCCAUGAAUACUCAGCCACACAAGGAUCCAGCAGAUUUCCAGUGGAACAUUUGUCAGACAAUUGGUCCCAAGGAAGGAUGGCAGGUGUAUAGUUCGGCACAGGAUGCCGACGGACGCUGUAUUUGCACUGUGGUCGCACCAGAACAAAACCUCUGCUCCAGGGAUGCCAAGAGCAGACAGCUCCGACAGCUGCUUGAGAAGGUGCAGAAUAUGUCUCAAUCAAUUGAAGUCCUGAAUCUGCGUACACAGCGCGAUUUCCAGUAUGUCAUGAAAAUGGAAAAUCAAAUGAAAGGGUUGCGGACCAAGUUCCGGCAAAUUGAAGAGGACAGGAAAACUACAAUGGCUAGAAACUUUCAGGAGCUGAAAGAUCGGAUGGAUGAACUCCAGCCAUUGAUUCCUGUGUUAGAGCAGUACAAAACAGAUGCUAAGCUGAUCUCACAGUUCAAAGAGGAAAUCAGGAAUCUGUCUGCCGUGCUGACGGGCAUCCAGGAGGAGCUGGGAGCUUAUGACUAUGAGCAGCUCUAUCAGAGAGUCCUCAGCUUGGACAGCCGUCUUCGAAACUGCAUGAGUAAACUCACAUGUGGGAAAUUAAUGAAAAUCACUGGCCCUGUGACUAUAAAGACAUCUGGAACGCGGUUUGGUGCAUGGAUGACCGACCCUCUAGCAUCUCCAAGAAAUAACCGGGUUUGGUAUAUGGACACUUACACCAACAGCAAGGUGGUUCGAGAGUACAAAAGCAUCGCAGACUUUAUCUCCGGCCUGGAAUCGCGAACCUAUUACCUUCCCUUUAAAUGGGCUGGAACCAACCAUGUGGUCUACAACGGCUCUCUGUACUACAACAAGGAGCAGAGCAACAUCAUUGUAAAAUACAGUUUCGAGUCUGGACGGGUUCUCGCCCAGCGUGCCUUGGAGUACGCCGGCUUCCACAACGUCUACCCCUACACCUGGGGAGGCUUCUCGGACAUCGACCUGAUGGCGGACGAGCUGGGUUUGUGGGCUGUAUAUGCCACCAAUCAGAACGCAGGAAACAUUGUGAUUUCUCAGUUAGAACCGCAGACGCUGGAAGUUCUCCAGACGUGGAACACGGAAUACUCCAAAAGGAACGCAGGCGAGUCCUUCAUGAUCUGCGGCACGCUCUACAUUACAAAUUCUCACCUGACCGGAGCCAAGGUGUAUUAUUCCUACAACACAAAGACCUCGACGUACGAGUACAUUGACAUCCCGUUCCACAACCAGUACUUUCACAUCUCCAUGCUCGACUACAAUGCUCGAGAACGGGCACUUUACGCCUGGAACAAUGGACAUCAGGUCAUUUUUAACGUCACGCUUUUUCAUGUCAUCAAAACCGAAGACGACUCCUAAUGGGCUUAUGGAUAAAAGAAAGAAGGAAGAUUCAGUUUAAAUUUAUGCUGAUAUUUUCUACUCGUUUAUGGUUCUUUUCCCAAUGUUAAUGAGAAUAUAUUGCCUUUACUCCACCAUAGACUGACGUCUGAGUCAAACAUCACCUUGCUGUGACUGAUGACACAUGAAGAAUUGAUGAUGCAACGUCAUAAACAGAAUGAUUUGACGUUCUUUUAUUUACCUGCUCAUAGAUGCUCUAAAAGUUGGGCCUUACUUGCAAUAUUUCACAACGUGAGCCACAGACGAAUUGCUCUACUGCAUGAAUGUCUGAUUUUUUCGCCAUUUGUUAUCCGUAACGUGGUCUUUGUAUAUCAGAAAUUCCAUUUUUCUUAUAUCUAGUGACGUGUUUUUGGCGACUUGGAUUUCUCAAGACUCUCCUGGUAAUCUAAUGCUGUGUCAAGUUUAGUUGUACAAACUGUAGAGCCCUGAAUAUGAACCUAUGUAAAACGGUUAUAAAAUUAAUUGUCACUGUGAGAGGACAUAUUUUAUAUUAAAUCUAGAACAAAACAAUAAAUCGACUCAAACCAAACCAAGCCACAAAUCUAUAUCCAUAAAUGUAAACAACAGAACAGAAAAUGGCUGUGUGCGACAGAACAAUUCCACGGGGAUUCAGCCUGAAAUCAGGGGGGUUAUAAUGAGGUCAUUUGCUGAUGAUUGUGACAAGCCAGACGGCAGUAGCGUUUGAAUGACUCUGAAUGCUGUCCUUUGGCAUUUUCAAUCAAGAUCAAGGGCACAGAAGCUGGGAGGGGAUGAUUUCAACUCCUCUCUGCAAUUUCCUCUCGCUUCAUGUCUGCUAGGGCUCUGGGAAUUUAAAUGCACUUUUACUACCAUCAAUUCUGCACUGGGAAUAGAUCACCCACAGGGAUUUACAGUACUAAUGCUG